UUUCUUGUAUUUUGUUAUUUGUUUUUUUCAUAAUUAGAUGUCAUUUGCAAUUGGACCCUUAAUGUUGGGUCCGCUUGGUUUCGCCCAGACGAGUCGUAAAGUCUUCGUGAUUUGACUUUUUGAUUUGAAUCCGCCCGUUGGAUGGCACGGAGCCCGUCGCCACAUGGCUCUAGUAUUCAUGUAAACGGCUCGAAAACGGCGACCGCUGGAAUUCAUAAUAGCCGUUAACGUCGGUCCGGCCUCGUACCGUGUUGUGUGUUGUCUGUAAAUUCCGGUCCAUCAGCAACUCCAGAUUAACCCCUUUUCGCUGGGAAAGAGAAAAUAAGAAAUGGACAAGUAUAUUAAGAUAGAAAAAAUCGGCGAAGGCACCUACGGAGUCGUCUUCAAAGGUAAACACAAAAAGACUGGUAAUUUUGUGGCCAUUAAAAAAAUCAGGAAUGAAGGUGAAGAAGAAGGAGUUCCCUCGACAGCAGUGAGGGAGAUAUCUUUGUUGAAAGAGCUUGUCCACCCAAACAUCGUCGGCCUUCAAGAGGUGUUAAUGGAAGAGAACAGGCUUUACCUUAUAUUCGAAUUCCUUACGAUGGAUCUCAAAAAGUACCUAGACUCAUUAGAAAAUUUAAUGCCUGAAAGUCAGGUCAAAUCGUUCUUAUAUCAAAUCCUUCAGGCAAUCCUUUUCUGUCACAAAAGAAGAGUCCUCCACAGAGACCUGAAACCACAAAACCUACUUCUGGCAAAUAAAAAUGUCAUUAAAAUUGCAGAUUUUGGUCUUGGAAGGGCCAUCGGAAUACCUGUCAGAGUUUACACACAUGAGGUGGUCACCCUCUGGUACAGGGCACCUGAGGUACUUUUGGGUGCGACUAGGUACUCUUGCCCAGUUGACAUUUGGUCUAUUGCGUGUAUAUUUGCUGAGAUGGCGACUAAGAAGCCCCUGUUCCAUGGUGACUCUGAGAUAGAUCAGCUGUUCAGGAUAUUCCGUGUUCUUAGAACACCAACGGAAGAAACGUGGCCUGGUGUGAGUAAGCUUCCAGAUUUCAACCAGACAUUCCCAUCAUGGUCAAAUUACAAUUUAUCUUCCCAAGUGAAGAACAUAAGCAUCGAAGGCUUGGAUUUGUUGGGCGAAAUGCUUCUAUAUGACCCGAGUGCAAGGAUCACGGCCAAAGAAGCUGUCAACCACCCUUAUUUUGAUGACCUGGAUAAGUCAACUCUUCCUUGCAACUACGAAGAUUAAUUGGCUCAUUUCACUUUAUAUAGUAAUAUGCAGACAAUUGAUAAAUAUGUACAUUAAAUAAUUCUUGUUUAGUAUUCUCGUGUUUAUACAAAUAUAUAUAUAUUAUUGUUAUUGUUUGUGUUAUUAUAUUCGACACAUUGUAAUACUUAAGUAUAUUUCUGCUUUAUGAUCUUUA